AUGACAGCCGGCGCAAACUAUCUGUGUCUGGGUGCUAUGAUCAAGACGUGCGUCAUUAUGCCUCUUGACACAGCUCAACACCAAGAUGGAGGGAAGGAGGACAGCGUUCUCGUCUACUCGGGCUACGCGCCGCUCUUCAACACGGACAACGAGGACUGCGCGGACACCGCCAAGCAAAACUGGACCAAUUCUGCUCGCCCGAGUCGAGCGGAAAGUAUCCCGAUCCGGACCAGCCAGCUCUACUGUUCAUCAAAUGCUGCAUCGGCUAGACGCCCUGCCCUGAUCCCACCGGGAUGCCCUGGGGACAACGAACCCGGCCUACCCCUGGGCCUGGGUCUGCCCGACUCCUUCCUGAGCAUCUUCCACCCGAACAAGCAGGGCCACGAGGCCAUGACCGCCUAUAGCCUGCAGAACCUCAUGUACAAGCGCGCCGAGAUACUCAAAGUGAACGAUGGCCUCUGCGCUGCUGACAAGGACAAGUUCAAGUGCUGGCAGAAGCAAGGCCGCAAGGCCUUUGUCGAGUAUGCCCGCGUCAACGAAAACUACAAGGACUUUUGCAACAAAAAACUCAAGGUCCCAGACAACACCAUCAACUGGAAGAGGUCUGAGACGUAUCACAAGGGCACUCCCGACGAGCACAUGUUCGUCCUCGAACUGUCCGACGGCUCGUCCAAGUUCGACAAGGACCAGUGUCUCGACUCCUUUGACCGCAACAUCAACAGCUGCGACCGCAACGACAGUGACAACCCGCUCAACUUCAAGUACGGCGGCUCCUGGACCCGCGGAAACUACAACUACCAGAUCAACCCCAAGAUGAACCGCAAGAUGGUCCAGAGGCCCGGCACGUACACGCUGCUCAAGUCUAUGCGCGACUGCGGCUCCGCCGUGACGGGCUGGUCGUUCAAGUACUGCCCGACCGGCUGCGGCGAGAACAACGAGUACGAGUGGAAGGCCGAGUACAGCCUGUCCGUGUACGGCGGCGUCGCCUGCAUGAAGAACAACUGGGUGCCCCGCCAGAACGAUGCCGAGUGGACCAGCGAGGGCACCUCGAAGCUCGGGUGGUCGCAUCACUUUGAUCAAUCCGCGAGAGCGUUGGUUGAGGACGUUGCGUGGCAGCGCCAGGGCUACGGUCGACCUCACUACACCAACCUCAACUACCCGUUUCCCGUGAAUCCGCCCAAUAUAUCAUAUGUCAACCCCACGGACUCGUAUUGGCGUGAGUUUGAGGUGCCUGAAGACUGGGCCGGCGAGCAUAUUCGUCUCCGCUACGAAGGCGUGGACAGCGCAUUCCACGUCUGGGUAAACGGAGAGGAAGUCGGCUACAGCCAGGGCAGCCGCAAUCCGAGCGAGUUUGAUACUACCGAGUAUCUCAGCGAGGGCGAAGCAAAUACGCUUGCCACACGAGUUUGCCAGUGGGACGUCUACCUCAUCCCCUCUUCUGAAUCGGCUGUCACAGAUUACCACGUCGAGCCCCAAGUUGAUGACUCGUUUGAGAGCGGCACAUUUCACGCCAACGUGACUUUGCAGGGCAAGUCUGGAGAAAUGACUGUCAAGCUCCUCUCCCCAAGAAACCAUGCAUCCGUCAUCAUCUGGUCGCUGGGGAAUGAGUGCUACUAUGGUCGCAAGCAGGCUGCCAUGUACAAGUGGAUUAAAGAGAGGGACCCUACCCGAAUCGUGCACUACGAGCAGGAUCGCAAGGCUGAAUCGGCUGAUAUGUACAGCCAGAUGUACUCGAGUCCUGACUUGGUUCGAGAGUACAUCAAGAACCACACGCAUAAGCCCUUGAUCAUGUGUGAGUAUGCACACGCAAUGGGCAACGGCCUUGGUGGUCUCCAGGAAAUUCUAUGCCUACGUGGUGACUUUGGCGAUGAGCCCAACGACGGGGACUUUAUCAUGGAUGGUCUUGUCCUGUCAGACCAUAAGCCAACGCUUGCACUGGCUGAGUAUGCCAAGGUCAUCCAACCUGUCAGUGUGAACUUGACAGAAAACGCUGGGCAGAUUACCAUCACCAACUGCUACGAGUCUUCCGAUCUAAGUCAUCUACAGCCCCGGUGGCACAUUGUCCGCGACAGUGAGGCGACAACCACUCAGGACCUCGACUUGCCGAGGGUGGCUCCUCGUGACAGCCGGACGAUUGACCUGCCCGUGCGUAACAGCGACUCGACUGAGGAGUCGUGGCUUGUGGGUGAGUUCAGCCUCAAGGAGGCCAUACCCUGGGCGCCAGCAGGCCAUGUCGUUGCUUGGGAUCAACUCUAUCUCCCCGGACCCAAAGCACCAAAAGGCGUUCCGCUGGUCCCUCGUCACACGACACUGAUGAAUAUCACACAAAACGGCCCAAAUCUCAACGUCACCAACGGUGCUUCCACCUUUGGCUUUGAUCUCCUACAGGGCAACGUCACCUGGAACCUCAACGGCACAGAUCUCCUGCAACGCGGACUAGAGCUCUCCUUUUGUCGCGCCUUGACACAGAACGGUCUCGGAAGCGGCGGCGAUUCCGUCCAGUGGGAGGAGGCGUGGGUUGGAACCAUGGCGACGCACGUCCGCGAUGUGACGUGGGAGACGUCUGGUGAUCAGCUCACAGUACACUACCAUGUUCGUGUCGCGCCGCAGGUUCUCGAGUGGGGUGUCGAUGCCGACAUCAUCUACAACCUCACCGCGGGUUCUCCUAUUCUCCACAUCCGCGCCAGCGGUGACUUUCAAGGCGAAAAUACACCAGAAGUCAUCCCCCGCAUCGGUCUCACGGCCAUUCUGCCCGAGUCGUUUGACCAAGUCGCGUACUUUGGGCGCGGGUCCGGCGAGAACUACAAGGGUUCCAAGCAAGCCGCCCGCAUGGGGACAUACUCGUCCUCCGUGUCUGGUCUCUGGCAGUACUACGACUUUCCCCAGUAG